CUCCACCUCCUGCUCUAUCUCCUCCCCUUCACCGGCUCCAAGCAGCCCGUGACAAAGUCGCCCGAGCCACGGGUGGCUGCGGCGUGUCCGUACCGUCGAGAGGGUGAAGGCGGAUUACACGUGGGUGGGUGAGUGAGUGGGUGAGUGAGUAAAGGGGCAGGGCGAGAAACGUGAAGGAAACAAGCCCAGCCACUGAACCAGCCACACCACAGGCACCACAACCGUGCCAAAGUCGUGGUAGAGAGGGGAAAGUUGGGUGGGGGGGCAAGUGGAGAAAUAAAAAUAACAAACCUCCCCCCCCCUCUCCUGGAAGCAUGGCCUUGAGAAGCGAGCUCCUCAAGUCCGUGUGGCAUGCCUUCACAGCCCUGGACACCGAGAAGAGUGGAAAGGUGUCGAAGUCUCAGCUGAAGGUGCUGUCGCACAACCUGUGCACGGUGCUGCAUGUGCCGCACGACCCCGUGGCGCUGGAGGAGCACUUCAGAGAUGACGACCAGGGCCCUGUAUCCAGCCAUGGAUACAUGCCAUACCUCAACACCUACAUCCUGGACAAGGUGAAGCCUGACACGUUCGACAAAAGCCAGUUUGACGAGGUGUGCUGGAUGAUCAGUGCCAAGAAGAAUUACCCGGUGGAGGAGCGGCGUAACAGCCGUCUGGACGACAGGCAGGCCUUCCACCUGUGGUGCCUCUUCAACUUCCUGUCGGAGGAGUCGUAUCCUCUCGUCAUCGUUCCCGAGGAGGUGGACUCCCUGAUGAAGAAGCUGGCAGAAGCUAUUGGGCUGGACUGGAGGUCGCAGGACUUUGAAGAAUUGGUCGGCAAGAAUGAGGCCCUGGAAGGGCCGGGCAUCUCAGUCUGGCAGUUCAUCCGCCUCUUUCAGAGCCCACUGCCAGCUGGUUUCGACUUCCCCUCCCUCGCCUUGGCGAUAGAUGAUGUUUACAACGAGCUGGUCCUUAACAUCACCAAAAAGGGUUACUUGUUGAAGAAGGGGCACAAGAGGAAGAACUGGAAUGAGCGGUGGUUCGUACUGCGGAACAAUAUCCUGUCUUACUAUACUGCCAAGGACAUGAAGGACAAGAAAGGGGAGGUCGUCCUAGAAAAGGGCUGCUCUGUCGAGGUCCUCCCAGAGCGAGAUGGAAGGAGAUGUUUUUUUGUCAUCAGGUGCCCCGACAAAUCUUUCGACGUUGGGGUAGAGGAUGCUCGGAGGCGACAAGAGUGGCUUUCAGUGAUCCAGCUCACCCUGCGGAUGCAGCAGGAGGGCAAGCGCUCGGUGGCGCAUGAGCAGAGGCAGCGGUGGCGCGAGGAGCGUGCCUACAAGCAAGCGGAGCGCGAGGAGCUGUACCGCAUGCAGCAGCAGCAGGAGAGCAGGCAGCGCGAGCUGAAGCGACUCGAGCAGGAGCGACUGGAGGCGGAGGAGCGUGCGACGCAGGCGGAGAGCAAGCGGAUGCGCUCGCAAGAGGAGAUGCAGGACCACUACAAGCGGGAGCUGGAGCGCGAGAAACUGGCGCGCGUCGACAUGGAGGAGCAGAUUGCGCAGAAGACGGCCGAAUCGCAUUACUACCAGAGGCGCAUCCGCGAGUUGGAGGAGAUGUACGACCAGCUGUGCGCCGCGCUGGAGGUGGAGAAACGUGCCAAGCUGGAGGAGGAACAGGCGCGAUUACACCAGGCCAGGCUGCUCGAGGAGGAGGGGUUGAAGCGGCGGGAGCUGGAGCAGCUGAGGCAGGAGCAGACGCAGCUCAUCGUGGAGGCGCGCGAGGAGCGGCGGGUGCUGGAGCAGGAGCGCAACGACACGGAGCUGGCGCUGCGCUCGGUGGUCGUGCAUCUGGAGCAGCUGGAGCAAGACCGACGCGAAGCCGUGGAGAAGUACGAGCUGGCCUCCACGCGGCUGGAGAAUGCUCGCGGCAACGCCAAGAGCUGGCGGGAGCGCGUGAUGGAGCAGGAACGCCAGAUCGGGCUUCUCCGCCCCAUCCAGCCGGGGCACAAGGACGUGGCGAUGAGCUCGCACCGGGGCCUGGGCGCAUUCCCACCGCAGAAGGCUCCCAGGGAGACGCCAAGGAAGAAGGCGGAGGAUCAGCAGGUCGCCGACGGCAUGUCGGCGCUGCAUGUGGGAUCCGGCAAAGCGCCGUGACGUCGUGUGGCCCCGUUCCCGAUGAGCACGUGCGUGACCGUGCCGGCGUGGGGGGGGGGGGGGGUAUGGGCUCUCCGAUGUGGUGUGUCUGGUUGGUUUUGGCACGUCGCGUUCGGCACGGUGUUACGACAUUUCGCUCAACGUGCUGGAAGCUUCUUCGGGAAAUUAAGUUCCGGAAAGAAGCUUGUCGGCAAAUAAACAGAAACGUCGGACAUCGUGCGGAGCAACACGCUAGAUAGUUAUUUUCCAGCGCAACCGCAAAAACGUGUACGGAGUGGAUAUAUAGGCUCGUCUAGAGCUACUGGCCUCUUGUGUGGUUCAAGAUGAGUUUCAAAAAAUUCAUUCUUUAGACAUGUAAGUUUGCAACUCUUCACCGAUUAAUAUAGAUUACGGUAUUCCCUCGUUAUUUACGAGGGAUACUUUCCGCAGAUUCUCGUGAAUAUAAUAUUUGCGGAUGAUAUUGGCCGACGAAAACAUAUUGUAACUUUAUCUUAUGUAACUUUCUCACAUUACAUUCUCUCUCAUCACUUUAUCGCUCAUCAAUGAAUCAUUUCAUCACUUUAUCUCUCUCGAUGCAGUCGUGUAGAAUUUCAAUGUGCAGAUGGACAAAAUCGCGGAUAGCAAAAUUCAUGAACAACGAGAGAAUACUGUAUUAAGCUCAACACAAGCAUUGACUCGCGUGUGAAAACCAUCUAUCUAGCAUUUAUGAUGUGCAAGUGAUGUGUACCAUUGUUAAAUUUAGGCUAAUGGGGCAAACGAAACUGAAAACGAGACGGUCAAAACCAGACGACAAAAAUCUAUUCUUGAAUUGAAUCGUGAACCAGAAUCCUAACAAUUUAUCAAGUCGCUGGAGGUUUGGAGGAAGGGGGAGGGAGAGGGUGAAUAAUUACACACCUAGACAACAUCAGGUUCGGCUUCAGUUAUUUAUGUUCACGGAUGCUGUUGAGUUGACUGCCGAGAAGCGUUGGUACUUUUUUGAUAGAUAUGUCUGAACUGUGCUUAACAUUUCAUGCCGUCUGCACGCAUUUAAUUACUUGUGGUCCAACUGUAAUUCCCCAGUGUCUCGUUACAUUUGUCCUUCACGUGAAAUGAUUACUUUUAUGAGAAUUAUAAUUUGUGAUCGGUUUUCGUGGUACGUGUAGAAUUUAAUUUAGUUACUCAAAUUUUGUUUAGACAUAUAAAACCAGCUGCCACGUUGGUCUAGAGGUUAUAUAGAGGUGUCAUUUAAUACAUAUUUCAACAUAGUUUUUUUUGUGAAUGUUUUGUUUUUGUCCCUAUGUACUCCAAUGAUGUAUAUGUACAUUAAAGUUGUUUUUUUAGUUUUAAAA